AUGUUUUGGAGAUUUGGCGGUUACGCCAACAUCUCCACCAUCGACACAAUCCUCGACAAACCCGAUUUCACCCUCGAGGAACUCCUCGACGAGAGCGAUCUGAUCCAGGAGCUUAAGCAGCACAACUCGAAACUCAUCGAAUACCUCAGAAGCGACAAGGUUCUCGACAAUCUACUCGAUUAUGUAGUCGCUCCCAAACUCGAGACCGUCGAGUCUCCCGCCGAGUCCACCACCGAAGAAACAAAGGCCAAGAACCGCUUCUCCUUCUCGCGACCGCGCGCAUCAUCCCGCAGCACCGACCCGGGCAACGAUGAGGAAGAAGAACAAGAAAAGAAGCGCAAUCGCUACGCUUUUGUAGCUUGCGAAAUUCUCAGCUCUGAUACUUGGUCAAUCUACGAGGCUCUCGCUGAUAAUCGACAAUUGAUUCGCGAUUUUUGGAACUUCUUGUCCCGCCCUGCCCCGCUCGAUCCCCUCCAGGCGAGCUACUUCACAAAGGUCAAUGAAUCUCUGUUCGAGAAGAAGACCGAGGAGAUGAUGGAACUCUUGACCACUCUUCCUGAUGCUGUUCCCAAUUUACUCAAGCAUGUCGAGUGUCCCAUGGUCAUGGACCUUUUGCUCAAGAUUAUUGCCCUGGACCGUAACGAAGGUGGCCAGGGUGUGGUCGAGUGGCUAUACUCCAAAGACAUUAUCCCGAGCCUCCUUUCCUGCCUUAGUCCUGAGAACAACUGGGUUGUUCAAACCGCCGCCGGUGACUUCAUCAAAGCCAUCAUUACCAUUUCGGCCAACGCCUCCCAAAACGAGCAACAAUGCAUCGGCCCGAACGAACUUACCCGACAACUUGUUUCAAAGCCAUGCGUUGAACAGCUGAUUAGUUACAUGCUUGGUGGCGGUAAUCCGUUGACUGUUGGUGUCGGUAUCAUUAUCGAGGUCAUCCGAAAGAACAACUCCGACUAUGAUCCCGACAUGGGCACUGAGUCCACCGCUGCGCCCUCAAGCCGCGAUCCCAUCUACCUGGGAACCCUUCUCCGACUCUUCGCCGAGAACGUCCCCAAGUUCAUGAGCCUGAUCAUGGACGUCCCCUCCAAGAAGGACAAGAUUGACUCGACCUUUGGUGUCAAGCUCGAGCCCCUUGGCUUUGAUCGCUUUAAGACAUGCGAACUUAUGGCUGAGCUGCUGCACUGCAGUAACAUGGGCUUGUUGAACGAACCAGGUUCCGAGGAGCUCACAGCUCAGCGUGACAUCGAACGACAGCGUCUUCGUAACGAGGGCAAGCUUGGUCCCGUUAAGGAGGAGGAUCACUCUGCCGACGACCUAACCAUGCGAACUCCUGCACCUGAGGAGAAGCGACGUCUCGAAGUCACUAACGCUGACGACGACGGUUUCGAAGAGGUUGAGCCAAGCAAGGAGAUGAGCGAGGAUACUUCUCACGAGUUCGUCAAGGCCGAGGAUGACAUUCCCGUUGUUUCUACAACUCCAAUCUCCGGCAAGGAUGAGGACGACUUUGUCGAUGAGCCGCUCAGCCCUCCUCAGCAGCUCGCCAAGGUAGAGGAGACACGAUUUGACGAGCCAGACUUGAUGGUUGCGCCUUUGUCGCCUACAAAAGCCAAGACGGAGACUGCAGAGCCAGCCAAGCCCGACACCGACAAGCCUCUACCUGAGGUGCCCAGCGACGAGAAGGCUGAGGAGAAGAAGCCCGAGGCUUCGAAAGAGGAUGCUCCUAAGGAGGACACCAAGGAGGACACCUCUGAUUCGUCAGUCGUUUUGACUCCUGCUCCUUCUGAGCCUGAGACCAAGACUGAGUCUGAUGCCCCCGAGGGUGAUGAAGCUCAGCCUCGCGGUCUCUCCCCUAAGCCUGAGGAUACACCCGCUCCUCUCUUCUCUGCUCCUCCUGCACCCGAGUCUGGAGCCGACCGACCACCCCAGGUUCCUGAGAAGGACGACCCCAAGGACGCCCCCAAGACUGAGGAGGCUUCAGCUGAGACCAAGACUGAGGAGGCCAAGCCAGAAGAGCAGACCCCUGCCCAAACUGAGGAACCUGUUGUCGGAGACUUCCUCAAGCUCCAAUUUGUGGAGCAUCGAGUUGUUCCCACCAUUCUUAACUUCUUCUUCACUUAUCCAUGGAACAACUUCUUGCACAACGUAGUAUACGAUAUCGUUCAGCAAGUAUUCAACGGCCCAAUGGACCGCAGCUACAACCCCACAUUGGCUGUCUCCCUGUUCGAAACUGCCGAUGUCACAAGCGCCAUCAUCAACGGCCAGAAGAUCAGUGAUGAGUCUCAGGCCAAGACCAAGACCCGCAUGGGCUACAUGGGUCACCUCACUCUUAUCGCUGAAGAGGUUGUCAAGUUCACUGAACGUCAUCCUCCGGAGCUCCUCUCGGAGGUUGUUCUUGACCGGGUUAUGAGCCAGGAAUGGAUCAGCUACGUUGAGGGAUCCCUCGCCGAGACACGAGAGCGAGACAAUGCCAUUCUAGGUGGCGUGCGUCCAGAGGUGGCUAUGGGUAACCGAGCUAUGGGCGGCGGCAGUGGAUUGGGAGGUGUCGGUCUAUCCAGCCUGGGCGGCGGAUCUGGAGGUGGAGGGUCUAACGCACUUGCCGAGGCUGGCCUGAACGGAGGAAUAGAGCUCAACCAGGACAGCGGAAACGGCAUCGGACCUUUCACCAUCAGCGCUGGAACAUUAAUGUCUGGCUUCGGCAGCAGCAGUGACGAGGAGGACGAAGAUGGAGACGGAGAUGAGGAAGACGUCAAUUCUGAGGUGAGUGGUGCUUCCGCUGAAGAUGGGGAGGAACGAGGCAUUCCCGGAUUCCCUGGCAUAACGGAAACUUUGGAGGAUGUGAUUAUGCGGUCUCCAGAGCCUUUCCGGGCAGACUCGCCGGACUUUGAGGAUGAUGUUACGAGGGGAUCUCCUAUGGAUUUGGAUGGGGUGAGGGGGGGUGAUGAAGAGAGGCAGAGUGCGGAGCAGGUUGAGGAUAUCUCAACAGAGGGUCAGGGUGUCUCAACAUCAGCAGGUCAGGGCAUCUCAAAGCCAGAGGAUCACCAGGACUCAAAACCAGAAGGUCACCCUUAG